CAAAACAACUCCCAAAUGCUAUCCUACCUCACAACAGCAACCACAACCACCACCCUCCUUCUCCUCCUCCUCACACCCCCAACCCUCGCCUCCCCAUCCCCCAACGAAGAACCCCAACCAAAAUCCUACACCUCCGGCACAACCUUCCGCACCGACAUCCUAAACGCAACAAACACCUACCGCCACCAACACGCCGCCCCGCCGCUAACCUGGAACGCGACCCUCGCCUCGACGGCCACGAAAUGGAGCGAACGCUGCAUCUUCGAGCAUUCGGGCGGCGACACGGGCGAGAACCUGUCUUCGGGUUACGCCAACGCUUCCGCGGCGGUGAUUGCGUGGGGCGAUGAGAGGGACGCGUAUGAUUUCGAGAAAGGGGAGUUUGAUUUGAGUACGGGCCAUUUUACGCAGCUGGUUUGGAAGGAGACGGAGAGUGUGGGAUGCGGGAGGGCGAGGUGUGAUGGGGAUAAAGGGAAGAAGAAGAUGAAGAAGAGGGGGGAUAAGGCGCCAGGGUGGUUUGUGGUUUGUGAGUAUUGGCCUAGGGGGAAUGUGCUCACGCAAUUCACGAAAAACGUUCAGCCGCAAGUCAAUAGCGACGACGAACCGGGUGAAGCACCGCCAGCUGGUGAUGAACCGCCACCGGAAGAUGUCCCUGCGGAUGAGGAGCCGAAAGAGUGUCCGCAGGGUGGGAUAUGCAGCGAUGGGGAGAGGACGAUACGAGGAGGUGUCGGGAUGGGUAUGUUGUGUUUGGGCGCUUUUGUGCUAAGUGUUGGGUUGGGAUGGUGAG